AUGGAGAAUUACAAGGAAAGGCCUAAAUUGAUUUUUGAGAAGUACACGUGGAGGAUCAACAACUUCUCUAAAUUGAAAUGUGAAGAACAUUACUCCGAGAGUUUUAUACUCAAUGGUUUUCCAUGGUACAUGGUUAGCUGCCUAGUUGGAGGUAUCUUGGGAAUUUAUUUAGAAGCUGAUAAGAAUUGUGCAUAUUUACCAAAGGACUGGAAAAGAACUGAAAAUAUCAGUUUGGCUCUAAUUAACCAGGUUAAUGACCAGAAGACUAUAAGAAAAGGAUCGGAAUGUGAGUUUAGUACAGAUGACCCUUUUAGCAAAUAUUUUAUGUUUUUCAAUGGUUUGGAUGAACCUAGCAGUGGGUUUAUUGUGAAUGAUACUUGUAUCAUUGAAGCUGGGAUUUUUCUGAUCAAGAAUGUGUACGAGAAUGAACUAUAUCAUACUCCACGCAUGUUUGAUAAGAAUGCUAACCCCAAAAAUCCUUUAUUUCAUGAAAUGUUCAUGCGAUCAUUUACAAAUAUAAAUCUGAAUUAUGUUCCACUAUUAGAAAAAGUGAAAGAUAUGGAUAAUGAAGCAUGUAAUUAUUACAAAAAAAUAUGGGAUGAAGUUAAGAUAUUUGGGUUUGAUUUGAGUUGGAUAGAAUCUGAAUUUAAAUCUGCCUCAAAUUUGAAAAGUUAUAUGGAAAAUGCUGCUAAGGUGAGAAAGGCUAAGGUGAUAAUGAAUGAUUUGGAAACUAGAACAGAGAAGCUGAAAGAAGCCGUGAUUGAAACAGAGACAGAACUUGAAAUGGCGAAAAGAGACUUUGAGAGAGCAAAAGAAGGAUUUGAAGAAAGCAAUUUGGAUGAAGGGUCCUUGUUUUGA